AUGAUGACAGGGUUUGAUGAUGCGUUGAGAGCGACGUGCGCGAAACUCGCCGAACCAGGGAAAGGCAUCCUCGCGGCGGACGAAUCCACCGGGACGAUUGGAAAACGAUUUCAAUCGAUCGGGGUGGAAAACGUGGAAGCGAACCGUCGGUUUUGGCGAGAGACCUUGUUUACCGCGAAGGAGGUGGAAAAGUACAUCUCCGGGGUUAUUUUGUUCGAGGAGACGUUAUAUGCGAAAAGCGAAGACGGGACGGAAACGCUGACGGAGAUCUUAAGGAAGAAAGAUAUUGUCCCUGGGAUUAAAGUGGAUAAAGGGGCGACGAUACCGGUCGGGAAAGACGGAGACGGAGAGACGGAUACGGAUGGGAUGGACGGGUUAGGCGAACGGUGCGCGGCGUUCUAUAAAGCCGGGGCGAGAUUUGCAAAGUGGCGGGCGGUGUUGAAGAUUGACGUCGAGAAGGCGUUGCCGAGCGCGGACGCGGUGGAGGCGAACGCGAAGAGUUUGGCGAAGUACGCCAAGAUUUGUCAAGAGAACGGGUUAGUACCGAUCGUGGAGCCGGAAAUUGUGCCGGAUGGUAAGCACGACGUGGAGGUGUCGAAGACGGUGACGAAGAACGUGUUGACAAAAGUCUUCGAGCAUUUGAACAAAGAGAACGUGAAUUUGGAGUUGAUGGUUUUGAAACCGAACAUGGUGACGCCGGGAAGCGGGAACGAAGAGUCGGAAAAAGACGACUUAAAAGUGGCAGAGUAUACCAACGAGGUGUUGUUAGCGUGCGUGCCAGAGGCAGUGCCGGCGAUUUUAUUCUUGUCCGGCGGCCAAUCCGAAGACGCGGCCAGUCGAAGGUUGAAUUUAAUGCACAAGAUGCAAAAGGAGUCCGACAAAACGUUCCCGUGGACGCUUUCGUAUAGUUACGGGAGAGCGUUGCAAGCGUCCGCGUUAAAAGCUUGGUCUGGAGAUAACAGCAACGCCGGUAAAGCGCAAGAGGCGUUCAUAGAAAAAGCGAAAUCGUGUUCGUUAGCCAGUUUAGGAGAACUUUAA